UCUGGAAAUCAAAAUCUUUGUGGUGCAGGUUGAAGCAGCGAAGCACCCAAGGUCCGAAAUCUUAUCUUCUAUAGCUACAAGCGUAGGUUCGUCAAUCCAAGGCCACGAGUUCCCGAUAAUACCAAAUUUUCUACUUAAUUUUUGAUUUGGGAGUGUAAAUUUCACUCAAACUUCAUUGAUUUCCCUUACUACUCACUAAUCAUGGCUUCCAUUUUUGCUACUCUACCUCCGCCAUUGUUGGCCCCUGGCAAAAGCUUCACUCCUCUGUUUACUUAUCAGAAGAAGCUCACUGUUUUUCCCAUUGCAAAGGGACGUUCUGCCAAUGGUAUUGUAAAGGCUAUUGGAGACAGCUCUGAAUCUUCUACUUCCAUUGAUAUUAUUAAGUCUGUUCGAAAUGUUUGGGAUCAACCUGAAGAUCGAUUGGGACUUUUUGGCCUGGGAUUUGCAGCUGUAGUAGGUGCAUGGACAGCAACAAAUCUUGUUACGGCUGUUGACAAGCUACCACUGCUUCCUGGUGUAUUAGAAUUCAUAGGAAUACUGGUUUCUUGGUGGUUCGUGUAUCGCUACCUCUUGUUCAAACCAAACCGGGAAGAGCUUUUGCAGAUAAUCAACAAAUCAGUAGCAGAUGUAUUGGGACAGUAAAUUGCUCCUGUUCUUAAAGCCGUGACUCCGCUGUCGAGCGAUCGGUAGCAACAGAUAAAUCAUGCCUCUCACAUAUCGGCUAGAUCUCUCCAUCCUCGGCGUGGCCUGAGGUUUAGUUUCUCCAUCUCUAGCUCUCCCCGUUUCCGAUUUCAAAAUCGAUCUCUGUUUUUAUCAUAACUUUGUGCCUCAAAAUUCCAAAACCCAAGAGAGGCUGAAAAGUAACCGAUUGGUUCGGAUUAAAACCGAUUUUUCGUUUGCUCAACACUGGUCGGUCUUCAUCUAUAAACCAAAGUUACUGGUU